GACUGAGGAAGGGAGGGGAAAUCGGGGAGCGAGCGAGUGAGAGAGAGAGGGAAAAAAAAAGAGAAAAAAAAAUCCGCAGCUGAGCUGUGCGUGUUUCACCUUCUGAAAAACAGGAAGAUACGCACUCUAACCCACCUGCUCCGCAUUUUCUCAAGUGUUAGACGCCCCGUGAAGACGCCGGGCUGGCAGUACUCGUCUUCGCAUGGCCAGAGAAUUCCAAAAACUAGCUGCCAGGUGGAUUGAAAUCUGAGAAAUUAAAAACUUUCUUUAGAACAGUUGAGCGAUCGCAUAAAACGCCGACAGGGCUGCAUACAGAGAUGCUGUGCCUCCACCCUUGAAGUCUGAAUCAUGGAGAGUCACAGGAAAUAAACAUCCUAAGGCGACACCAGGUCCAUAUGGUUCUGCUGGCGGGCAGAACCUGCCAUGCCUCCCGCCAUGACCGACAUGCUGGACAUUUGGGCGGCCAACUCGCAGCUCUCCGAUGAGGACUGUGUCCGCGUGGACUUUCUGCUCCCCACUGGCAUCUACAUCCAGAUGGAAGUGCCGUUGGAAGCCACCAUCCAGCACAUCAAACUGCUCCUGUGGAAGCAGGCCCAGGCCUACCCCCUGUUCAGCUUCCUGGGGGAGAUGGAGUCGCACAUGUUCGAGUGCAUCAACCAGUCGGCGGUCCACGAGGAGCUGGAGGACGAGACGCGCCGGCUGCGUGACGUGCGGCCUUUCCUGCCCGUGCUCCGCCUGGUGACGCGCAACUGCGGGCGCGCCGAACGCCUGCUCGACUCCAAGAUCGGCGUGCUCAUCAGCAAAGGCCUCCACGAGCUGGACGCCCUGCAGGACCAGGAGGUGAAGGACUUCCGCUCCAAGAUGUUCCGCAUCAGCGAGGAGAAGAUGCACCGGGUGCAGAUGAUGAGCUGGACGGAGUGGAUGCGCAGCUGCUUCGCCCCGCAGCUGGAGGCCAGCGGUGCCGAGGGUCUGCAGGACCGGCUGUACGAGGGCACCCUGAAGGUCACCAUGCACUUAGACCAGUCCCAGGACACCGUCAGCCUGAAGGUGGCGCCCAGCACCACGCCCGACGCGCUGACGGAGCAGGCGGUGCGCAAGUGGCUGAGCACCCACGGGCCGGAGGAGCAGGCGGGGGCCUGCGGCGACUACGUGCUGCGCGUCAGCAGCCGGCUGGAGUUCCUGUUCGGAGAGCAACCGCUCGUCCACUACAAGUACAUCAAGGCCUGUAUCAUGGCAAAGGAGAACCCACACCUCACCCUGGUACACAGCAGCACGGUCCAGGAGCUGUUCAAGAAGGAGAUCACGACCAUCGGAGCGGUGGUCAACCGCAAGACUUCCAACCCUCCGUUGCCCCUGCCCCCCAAGAGGAGAGGGCCCUCGCAAGUGCAGACCUGUGUUUGGGAUGUCGCGGCACAGUUCAAGAUCGUCCUGGUCAAAGGGAGCAAGGUCAACGCAGAGGAGCACGCGAAGGUGCUGGUGCGGGCGGGGCUGUUCCACGGCACGGAGCUGCUGUGCAAGACGGCGGUCAGCAGCGAGAGCAGCGGGCGGGCGGAGCACGUGUGGAACCGCACGCUGGACUUCGACAUCCAGGUCAGCGACCUGCCGCGCAUGGCGCGCCUCUGCUUCGCCGUGUACGCCGUCAUGGACAAGGUGAAGAAGCAGCGGUCCACCAAGAACGCCCACCUGCCCAAGUACCAGACCAUCCGCAAGGCCGGGAAAGUGCACUAUCCCAUCGCCUGGGUCAACACCAUGGUGUUCGACUACAAAGGACAGCUGAAGACCGGAGACAUCAUUCUGCACAGCUGGUCUUCCUUUCCUGAUGAACUUGAAGAGAUGUUGAAUCCCAUUGGCACGAUACAGACCAACCCGUACACUGAGAACGCUACUGCUCUGCACAUUCACUUCCCCGAUUACUCCAACGCCCCCGUCAUCUUCCCUCCGUUCGACAAGAUUUUGGAAAAGGCUGCAGAGAUUGCCCGGGGAAGUGACUGUCUGCCCAUGGUGGGCCGCGGGGGGAAGAAGUUUCACAUCGAGCUGAAGGAGAUCAUGGAGAGAGACCCCCUGUCCCAGCUGUGUGAGAACGAGAAGGAUCUCAUCUGGACACUACGCUACGACUGCAGGGAGAACUUUCCCCAAUCCCUCCCCAAACUGCUGCUGUCCGUCAAAUGGAGCAAACAUGAGGACAUGGCACAGCUGCAGGCCCUGCUGCAGAUCUGGCCCAAGCUCAGCCCGCGGGAUGCCCUGGAGCUGCUGGACUUUAACUACCCCGACCAGUACGUGCGGGAGUACGCCGUGGCCUGCCUGAGGCUCAUGAGCGAUGACGAGCUGUCCCAGUACCUCCUGCAGCUGGUGCAGGUCCUGCGCUACGAGCCGUACUACGACUGCGCCCUGACCCGCUUCCUGCUGGAGCGCGCCCAGGCCAACCGCAAGAUCGGACACUUCCUGUUCUGGCAUCUGAGGUCAGAGAUCCACAUGCCCGCCGUCUCCGUCCAGUUCGCCCUGAUCCUGGAGGCCUACUGCCGCGGAAGCAUCCCUCACAUUGAGGUCCUUAAGAAACAGGUGGAGGCGCUAAACAAGCUGAAGGCCGUCAACGAGCUGAUCAAGCUGGGCACCAUUAAGAACGCCCGCAGCAAGACCAAGGAGGCCAUGCUGACCAAAGAGGCCAUGAUGACCUGCCUGAGACAAACCGGCUACACCGAGACGCUGUCCGACCUCCACUCCCCCCUCAACCCCAACAUCAUCCUGUCGGGGAUCAAUGUGGAAAGGUGCAGGUACAUGGACUCCAAGAUGAAGCCCUUGUGGAUCGUGUACAACAACAAGCUUCUGGGGGGUGACACGCUGGGCAUCAUCUUCAAGAAUGGAGACGACCUGCGACAGGACAUGCUCACCUUGCAGAUCCUGGGUUUGAUGGACCUGCUUUGGAAGGAGGCCAACUUGGACCUUAGAAUCGUGCCUUACGGUUGCCUGGCGACGGGGGACCGGUCCGGGCUGAUCGAGGUGGUGUCGGCCUCGGAGACCAUCGCCAACAUCCAGCUCACCAGCAGCCAGGUGGCGGCGGCUGCAGCGUUCAACAAGGACGCCCUGCUCAACUGGCUCAAGGAGAAGAACUCUGGAGAUGCUCUGGAGCGUGCCAUUGAGGAGUUCACCCUGUCCUGCGCCGGCUACUGUGUAGCCACCUACGUGCUGGGCAUCGGGGACCGGCACAGUGACAACAUCAUGGUGCGCAGCACGGGACAGCUCUUUCACAUUGACUUUGGACACAUCCUUGGGAACUUCAAGUCCAAGUUUGGAAUCAAGCGGGAGAGGGUUCCGUUCAUCCUCACCCACGACUUCAUCCACGUCAUCCAGCAGGGCCGGACGGGGAACACGGAGAAAUUCGGCAGUUUUCGGCAGUACUGCGAGGACGCCUACCUGAUCCUGCGGAAGAACGGGAAUCUCUUCAUCACCCUGUUCGCCCUGAUGCUGACCGCCGGUCUGCCCGAGCUCACCUCCGUCAAAGAUAUUCAGUAUCUAAAGGACUCGCUGGCCCUGGGGAAGACCGAUGACGAAGCUCUCAAACAGUUCCGGCAGAAGUUCGACGAGGCUCUGAGAGAGAGCUGGACCACCAAAGUGAACUGGAUGGCACACAACGUGGCCAAAGACAACCGGUCCUAGUGCCAGGCUGCGGACCACACCACUGACCAAUCAGGGCACUAAAGAAGGGAACUGAGGGGCGGAGCUUCCUACCAGUGACACCCCCCACCAACCCCCACUCCAAAAAAAAAAAAAAAACCAGCCCUGCACUCUAAGCUACUCUGCCUCCUCACAGACCUUGACCAGGACGGUGUCUGCCCUCCAUUCUGGUUUCCUUCAUUCUGUGACAUAAUUGUGUGUCGAUGGUAAUCCCCGUGUUGCGGAAUUUGCACGUUAAGAGUGGGCGGGCACUGCUGGGCACGACCCCUGCGUUGUGUUGUUGUGGAACAGCCAAUGGGGAAAGGGCGAGGGAGGCCCUUCACCCACCUUACACUGUAGCCACGCCCUGAGCGUCUAACGGCUUUAUUUGAACUGAAGUAGGUGAAAAGCAGAUCGAAUUGUAUGGGUCCAGAAGGUCUAAUUUUGUAUUGCCUUGAUAAAAGGGGGGGGGGGGGAGUUGCUGAGGUCAAAGGUCGCCAGGCCUCCAAGCUACAAAUGACAAGUGUCUUUCCCCCCCCCCCGAGGUAUGAGGGGACAAGUGCUUCCCUCUCCGUCGAAAGACUAAAGACCAGCACAGUUACCGGACACAGACUAAGUCGCCUUCACCCGUGUCUUAAACGACGCCAAAUGUAGAAGCCUGAGCAAAGUGCAUUUCUUAACUGUUCAUAGCGACGCCUCCUUUGGGAAGAUUUCAAACACGUGCCUCAGACUGUGGGGGGAUUGAAAAAACAAAUGUUUCUUUUUGUUUUUUUUUUCUUUUUAUGUUUUUUUUGUUUUGUUUUUGUAUGUCUAUGUGCCAGACUACUUCAGAACUGUGAACGGAGCCUUGGGCCUUGAGCCUUGGUCCGGGUUCAAAUCGCCACCAUUUUGGACCACUAAACACUGGAAUCUUAUGAUGUGGAGAUGCUUUGAGUUUCACAGAAAGAAAGAGUGUGUUCUAAACAUGUAACUCACUUCUGCUUUUCAAUGAAGAUUUUUUUCUUAAAUCGCUUCACGUGAAAAGACUGUCUGGGAAAAGGAAGCGUCUUUCCUCGUUUUGGAGAUGUAUAAUUGCCCUGCGUCAGUGAUGCGCGGGGAGAGGGUGUCUCAUUCCACGGGUUCAAGGGUUGCAUGGCAGGGGUUUGAGUCUGGUUGUGUCUCACAAGUAUCUAUCCCAUUCCCUCACGGUCCUCAGUUUCAAAUGGGAACGUGUCUUAAUACCAUUUGCUAAACAAAAUAGUUUACCCUAAACAAUUUUGACAAUAACUAUACAAAUAUACUUACAAAAGAAAAUAAUACAAAUUAACUGAUCCGGGACCAAAAACGAAACCAGACCAGUCACGUUUCUUUUACUGUGUUUUCUGCUCAAAGGGGAAUGUAUAUUUUAAGAUGAGGAAUAUGUAUGUUUUAAAGUGUAUGUUUUAUAUCUGCAGGUGUGGGUGGUACUGUGUGGCAAAUGAAACCCACAGGUGAGAACUGCCCGCCAGAAAGCAUUAAGGACCAUUUAGUUUGAAUGUCUCAAAGCUACUUGUUUUUUUUGUUUUUUUUUACGAGGUGCUCUUCCAACAUCUGCAUUUGAUUUUGUGCAAUAUACGUAUAUAAAUAUAUAUAUAUACACACAUAUAUAUAUGAACCUAGGCUCCUGGAGUCUGCUUGUCAUGUAUAUUUCAGUGGGUUCUUAUGUGAUGCUGCUGUACUUUGCACCGGUAGCCUUGGAAUCUUGUAGACACUGAAUACUUUCAAAUGUACAGGCUUUGUUUGGUAGAUGUUUUUUCAUAGGAAGUUUUAUUAAAGUUAUUUUCCAUUUUA